ACAAACGAGUUGAGUCGGAGCAAACGAGUAACCAGCAUCGGUGUGAAAAGAAUAACGGGGAAGGUAGAAAGCGAACAACGGAACGGAACGGAAUGAAAUGGAACGGAAUUGCAUAGCGUACUAGAAAAUAAUCGCGUAUGUACCAGUUGCGUGUCAGAGUUCGUACGAUCGGUCGCAGACGAUCAUUCGGUAGAAAGCGAGCAGAUUUUCACGCGUUCGUCGCACGGUAAGCAUGAUUCUUCGGGUAUAUUCGACGUGGUUAGCUGCGCAUAAACGAUCGUACGAUCGCGCGACUGAAAGGUUCAGUGCAGAAACGAGAGCAAGCAUUUCGCGAGAGUGAAGUGCGCAACAAAGUUGUCCAUAAUCUGUCGAACAUUUUUAACGAACGUUCAUCUUGGACCGUGUCUCGUUAACGAUGGUAAUGGUUUUGAGAAACCAGAAAUGGCAAUAACGAUGGUAUCGCGUUAAAACGGAAGGUUAGAACCGAAAAAGCAAAGACUAAAUGUGAACUCUGUCACCGAUUUAAAUACCUUCAUCUUUAUCUCUUGUUUAACAAACCGUUUUAUCGAACGUUCCUCCUGUAACGUUGAAGAACUAACGAUUACGAGUACGAGAAUGUCUUCCGAUCGGAACGAAUGAACUUGAAAAUCUGAUCACUGGACCAAAAACCAUCGAAGGAUUCGAUGAUAAAACGCACGGAAAUUGAAAUGUGCGCCGUCGAAAUUUAGUCGAAGCGAAGCGAUUCGUAAUCAAGGAGAAAGAAUGCUCACUUUCGACGCUCGUUCGUUGCUUUUGCUAUUUUCGUUGCUGCUUAUUAGCAUCGUGUCAUCGGCCCCAACCUACGAACACGUUGCUCUUCAAACCAUUGCAGACCAGUGCGACUGGAUCGGAAGCGGAGGUGGUGGCCGAGGUGUCCGACCUGUGUAUCUGCGAUGCUCGAGGGGAACCGUAUUUUGGCGUUAUCCACGCGGGGCCUUACGGGUGGUUUUAUCGCCCCCCGUAUCGACCGGAUUCGUUUCGAAAGUCCACUACGAAUUCAUUGGCAAAAGAAGCAAAUACGAAGCGAGGAGAAACAGUAGCAUCGACACUAAUUCGAUCAGCAACGACGGUGUUUUUCGAUUGUCCGGAUUCCGUACGUGCACCAAGGUGUCAGGACCGAUAAGAGUAUACUUGGAGACCCAUGGAAAGCUUCGACCGGUGUAUUCUCCGAGAGACGGCAAGCACGAAGCUUCGCACAGAUGCUUCCGCGCGAAAAAGCAACCCGCGGCGCUUUACAUAGAGGCGGAGGAAACGGGUGCGUCGGGUGAACGUCGUCAGGAUGCAAAAUUGCAAUACGAUCUGGAGUUGCGUUACGUGGACGAUCGGGAGGACGGGAGAUCGCGUUUGUUCAGCGACGAGGAGGAGGAGGAUUGUCGACCGUGCUCCAUGGAUGAACUGGCUAAAGCUUAUUGCCAAAGCGACUUGGUAGCCAGAGGUACGGUGAGCGCUGUCGAGAAACAACCAAGUUUGGAAGCUGCAGAACUCGUCCUUGGAGUGACCAAGAUGUUGCGUCGAAUCGAGGAGAACGAGGGAAGCAACGACGUGGAUGUGGCGGAAUCGUACGAUCGAGAAAAGGUUCGCGUAAGGGUACCUACUGCCUGCGACGCGCGCCACGGUCAGGGAGAAUUCGUGAUAAUGGCCAAACGGCGACUUGGUGAUCUUGUUCUCGUCUGCGCACCGAGGCUCGAAACUUGGGUAAAAGCAGUCCACGAACUGGAUACGGCGCCCUGUGUUCUUCGAAGUUAGCCAAUUCGCUAGCCACACAUUUCCAACCAGAUAUUUGUAAAUACUUAAUAUUUUUCUAUUUUCUACCACGCGAAUUAUCGAUCUCCGAACUGUGAUAUUGUUUUGUAGAAAUUUUAUCGCAACAAAUACAUCUGUUCAGCAACGA